UAGAGCCAGAGAAACAGUUUGGAUUUGGAUACGAGAGACGCUUCUCCCUCGGUGCUGGGGAGAAAGCCAGGAGCUGUUUUCUGGAAAACGGUGGAAUGUGCUCCUGGAGGCCCAGGAGAGCAGAAAGAAGAUGCUGCAGACCAGCAACUAUAGCCUGGUGCUUUCUCUGCAGUUCCUGCUACUCUCCUAUGACCUCUUCGUCAAUUCCUUCUCGGAGCUCCUCCGAAUGGCUCCUGUCAUCCAGCUGGUGCUCUUCAUCCUCCAGGAUAUUGCCAUCCUCUUCAACAUCAUCAUCAUCUUCCUCAUGUUCUUCAACACCUUCGUCUUCCAGGCUGGCCUAGUCACCCUGCUCGUCCAGAAGUUCAAAGGGAGCAUCAUCCUGGCCGCUGUGUACUUGGCCCUCAGCAUCUCCCUUCACGUCUGGGUCAUGAACUUACGCUGGAAAGACUCCAAUCGCUUUGUCUGGACAAAUGGACUUCAAACACUGUUUGUAUUUCAGAGACUAGCGGCUGUGCUGUACUGUUACUUCUAUAAGUGGACAGCCGUGAGGCUGGGGGACCCCCGCUUCUACCAGGACUCUCUGUGGCUGCGCAAGGAGUUUCUGCAAGGCUGA